CAGCCCAUCAAUAGUGUUGAACUCUCUGUGUUCCCGAAUAUCAUCCCAGUCUCCGGACAGCGCAAUUGCUAAGGGUUUAGCUCCUUGCAUCGUAAUCAGUCGUGCCUCUCAAUGGUCCAACGACUUCAUCGAGAAGCCGGGUUGCAGGCCUUCAUUAGCGCAAUAGAAGAGGAUGGGUGCGUUGUCAUCGAGGACUUCACGAACCAGGCUUCACUUGAUGCUGCGCAUGAGGAAGUGCAGCCGUAUCUCAAUGCGUCGCUUGCGCAAUCUGGAAGUACCGUUGGUGCUCUGAACGGUGGGACUGCAACUUGUACGAGGCUCGUCGGUCGAAGCAAAACUGUCCGCGAGAAGUUCUUCUCAGACGCAUUAUACCAGGAAAUUGCCGAUCACUUCAUUGGGCUUGAGACCGAACUUUGGUACGGAGAUGAACCCACCAUCCACAAGUCCGACCCUUUGCUCUCGAUCUCCAUCACAAUGUCCUCUCAGCCGGGAGCGAGAGCACAGAAACUGCAUCGCGACGACAAAAACCAUCAUGCGAGGCACGCCAAGGCCAGUCACUACACAAAGGGACGCGAUAUGCUUCUUGGUCUAUUCGUGCCGGAAUGCGACACGUUUGAAGCAAACGGUGCCACCCGGAUCGUUCCCGGAUCACAUCUGUGGGGCGAUGAAAAGCCUGACUUUGGAGAAGAUGGCCAAAAAGGUGUUGAGAACGCGGAAUUGAAGAGAGGCGAGGCGUUUGUUAUGUUGGGCAGUCUGUAUCAUGGCGCCGGACAGUAUUCCCUGGAGACGGGAUGUCGAACAGUGCACAUUAUGUUCAUGUGCAGCGGCGUUCACCGUCAAGAGGAAAUUCCAUAUCUAAGCUAUCCGAUCGAAGAUGUCAAGACAUACUCGGAACUCGUGCGUGACCGUCUUGGCUGGAAGCAGUCGGAACCCAACUUGGGAUGGGUUGAUUUGAAGUCUCCGGAGUACCUCCUAGAAUAA